GACCACCGCCCGGUACAUCCAGCAUAAGCUUACCUACUUUCGAGAAGUAAACAAGCAACCCACAACCCAAUCAACAUGUUCAAGUUGGCUGUUCUCGCCGCCGUCCUGGCUGUCGCUACCGCCGCCCCUGGUGGUCUCACUGGCAUCAUCGCUGACCACGCAACCGGCCCAAUUACGGCUCCCUUGGUCGUCUCGCACGCGGCUGCUCUGGCACCAGCUGCCCACGUGAUCGCCCAGCCUGUUGCCCCCAUCGUCCGCACCGCUCCCAUCGUCACCAAGUCCGUGCUGACCGCCGCACCCCUGCCCCUCCUUUCUGCGCACGGCUUGCAUUAGAUGACAACUGAUUCUAUCUUACUACCACCAAGUCACGACGAGACAGCCCCCCUAGAAAACACAUACACACACAUACACACACCUUUCUAAUCCCUCGUAAAUCGUCCCCACCUCCAAACCAGGCAAUAAAACGAAGCAGCGAAAUUGAAGGAAAAAAGCACGAAGGGAAAGAUAGAUCAUAGCUCGAGGAUGGAGCGAGAAGAACAGCCACAAUCGAGAAAACUAGUAAAUCAAUUGUUUCAUUCCUGGUCAUCUCCUGAUCAUCGAGACGACGUCCAGCUUUUUUCGGGACACGAUCGGUAACACGAUCCGCGACGCGAUCCGAAGAUCAAGAAUCGCGUCAGAAUCGACUGGUCUCUUUCCUUUCGGCGACCAUUUGCCGCCCUGAAAUCAUCAACGCAAUUCGGACAUUCGCAUCUCUAUCAUUGCACCAUCAUCCAGGACCCUUUCCCUUUGGUCAUAUGGAAUUUUAAUAAAAUUUUAUUUAAAAAAACAAA